AUGUUGAAAGAGAGUACUAGAUACGAUAGCCGUAACACUGUUCAGGAAGAAGGUCGUCCGUUAGCAUCUAGUAGAUUACCAGCUAUAGAAGAAUUGACCCUUGGCCUUAAACAAAAGCUUCACCUGCAAGCUCGAGCUCGUGCUGCACCUUAUUAUAUUAGAAAGCAAGAGCCUGUCGAUCUUGUGGAAAGUUGUGAAAGUGUGGAACGUGUUGUGAAAUCGCUUGAGUGUAAAAAACGUGUCGGAUUACAAUGGUGCUAUAUGCGGAGAGCGUGCGAGAACGAGAUGGCCAACUAUGACGUGUCAGGCAUGACAAAAAUCACGAGAACGAACCAAAAUGGCCGCCGGUUUUUGGCGAGUGGGCAGCCUUUCAAAAGACUGUCGUCAUCAUUCAGAAUGGGAAAAACAACGGUGACCAACAUAGUUUAUAGCACGUGUAGAGCUAUGUGGAAAAAUUUAGUGGAUUUACAUAUGCCAAAACCAACAGAAGUAUUAUUGAAAAGAAUAUCGGAAAAAUACUACGAAUAUCAAUUCCCUUUACUAUACGAAUAA